AUGGCUGACCCAAACCUCAAAGUCUGCCCAAACUUUGAAUCAGCUGCCUUCCAUGAAAUUCAUGAAGCACUCAUGGCCAACCUCAACAUUGAUCUCAAACAAGCUGUAGAAUGCCUUAUCACAGCUUGGGACACUGGUCACCAAUGCAGAAUUGCUGAAUGGGAAGCACAAUGCCAAGCACAAGCUGAGGCUGAGCUUGAAGCACACAGACUGGCUGCAAAAGCAGCUGAAAAUGAACCCCAGGAUGCUGAGUGGAAGGAACCCCAGAUGAGUGACUUUACCACCAGUUGCACCCCUCCUAGCAUCCUUGUUAACAAACCUUCACAGUAUGCUACCAACAAACUCACCUCAUGUGAGUAUGUAGAACCAUGGUAUUUCUCCCCUGAGGGCUGUAGUGAUGCAGCUUGA